AUGGCUACCGUUGUAGACAAGACGGCUGAUGGAAUCAUCUAUCGCUCCGAGAAAAGCUACCCGAUACCUGACCUCGAUGUACUAACGCUUCUGUUCGUCCUAACCACAUCACGCUCCCGCCACCUGACCCAAGCCACCUCAGCCGCCCUCCGCAAACACUUUGGCAUCGGCGCCCAUGGCCCAGGAAAAGAUGUAUGCUCCGUUAUCUCAACCGGCCACUACCUCCUCCCCGUUCUCGCGUAUGGAAUCAUCGGCGCAGGCGGUAUCUUCUCCGCCGCCUCCGCGGCAAGCACAGCCAGCGAACUAGCCAAGCAACUACAAGGUGCCAGCUCGAAGGUUCUUGUGACUUGUCAAGCUACCCUGGAGACUACGAUCAGGGCUGCAGAGGACGCUGGGUGGGGUCAUGGUGGAGGCGGGCGCGUACUGCUUAUGAGUGAGGGGAGAGAAUGGACGUUGAAGGUUGUUGGGGAAGAUGGGAGGCCGGGGAAGGACAUCAUUGAUGAAGGAGAUUUACUGCCGUGGACGCGGAUCACGAAUAGGAAAGAGCUGGACGAGAGUCUGAUAGUACUGAUCUAUAGCUCUGGGACGACUGGGCUACCCAAGGGCGUAAAGCUUUCACACCGUAAUAUCGUGAGCCAGACUGUUAGUACGGGGGAUAUGAUGAAAGCGUGGGUGAAAGAGAAACGCCCGGGUUUCGAAUACCGGACAAUCGCCCACCUCCCCACCGCGCACAUAGCCGGCGUACAAGGCUACCUGAUAAACCCCUUCUACCUGGCUGGAACCGUAUACUGGAUGCCGCGCUUCGACUUCCCAUCCUUCCUCACCUACAACGCCCGCUACCGCAUAACCUUCUUCUUCACCGUUCCCCCCAUCCUUUUGCUAAUCGCCAAAUCCCCCUUGGCAACCACGCAAUUCGCUACCCUAGAAUUCUGUGUCUCGGGAGCCGCGCCACUGGGAAGAGAUCUUCAGUAUGCGGCAAGCCAGAAACUUGGGGGUGAGGAGUGUUUUGUGGAUCAGACGUGGGGCUUGAGUGAGACGACGGGGAGUGCGACGAUUAUGACGCCCGGGAAAAGGGAUGAUACGGGGAGUGUGGCUAUGUUGUUGCCGAAUAUGCGGGCUAGGCUUGUUGAUGAUGUUGGUAAAGACGUUGAGUUAGGGACUCCGGGGGAAGUGCUGGUGAAAGGGCCGGUGGUGUGUAAGGGGUACUACCAGAAUCAGGACGCUGACAAAGAGGCUUUCAAUCCGGAUGGCUGGUUUCACACGGGUGAUAUCGCGGAGUUUAGGAAUGGGAUGUUCUAUAUCGUUGAUAGGAAGAAGGAGUUGAUUAAGUACAAGGGCCUACAAGUUGCGCCGGCUGAGUUGGAAGCCAUGCUGCUCAGUCAUCCGCUGGUCCUGGAUGCUGCAGUUAUUGGUGUGUCGACGGAUGAUGGGACGAAUGAGGUGCCGAGAGCAUACGUAGUCGCUGAUAAGAGUAAGAUUGGAGAGAAAGACAUUGUCGAAUUCGUCAAGGGGAAGGUUGCCGGGCAUAAACAGUUGAGGGGAGGUGUUGUAUUCCUAGACGAGGUCCCGAAAAGUCCCGCGGGGAAGAUACUUAGAAAGGAUCUGAGGGCUCUGGCUGCGAGGGAGAGGGGUGCGAAGCUGUAA